UGGGCGGGAACUCCAGUUCUCUCACGUGUGAAGGGCUUGGAAAAAGCUCUGCGCAGCUCUGGGAAACAGUGUUGGAGAAAGAGCAAAAUGUGGAUAUUUAGGAUUGCAGCUCUUACAAUAGUUACUGGUUUGUGUGUUCUGGCACAAAAUCCAGAUCAAAAUGACAAGUGUACAGAAGGGAGCUGUUACCCCAGUACUGGCGAUCUGCUGAUCGGCAGAGCACAUCGGCUUAUUGCCUCCUCUACCUGUGGAUUGGAUGGCCCAGAGACAUUCUGCAUUGUGAGUCAUCUGCAGGAUGAGAAGAAAUGUUUUGAAUGUGAUUCCCGAAAGAUGUACAAUGAGUUUACCUCUCCCAUCAGCCAUACUAUUGAGAAUGUGGUGACAACCUUCGCUCCCAAUCGUCUCAAAACCUGGUGGCAGUCCCAGAACGGAGUUGAAAAUGUGACCAUUCAGCUGAACUUCGAGGCUGAAUUCCACUUCACACACCUCAUCAUGACAUUUAAGACCUAUCGUCCUGCCGCCAUGGUGAUCGAGCGUUCGUCAGAUUUUGGACAAAGCUGGCAGGUGUACCGUUACUAUGCUUUUAACUGCACCAAAUCCUACCCACACAUCCCUCAAGGGCCAAUCAAAAAAGUGGAUGAUGUCAUAUGUGACAGUCGCUAUUCUGGCAUUGAGCCAUCAACAGAGGGAGAAGUGAUUUUCAAGGCGCUUGAUCCUACAUUUGUGAUUCCCGACCCUUACAGUCCACAUAUUCAGAACUUCCUAAAGAUCACAAACUUGCGCAUUCGGAUGGAGAAGAUACACACUCAUGGUCAUAAUCUGUUCGAUGAUCGAGAGAAGUUGAAAGAAACAUACUAUUCUCUUUAUGACAUGAUCGUCCGUGGCAACUGUUUCUGCUAUGGCCAUGCCUCCAAGUGUGCACCACUCUACACUGACGUGGGAGUCGAAGGCAUGGUUCAUAGUAAGUGUGUGUGUAAUCACCACACUUCUGGACUGAACUGUGAGCAGUGUGAGGACUUUUACCAUGAUCUGCCCUGGAGACCAGCAGAGGGCCGCAACACAAACGCAUGCAAGAAAUGUGAGUGUAAUGGUCACUCACGCUCGUGUCACUUUGACAUGGCGAUGUAUCAGUCAUCGGGGAACAUGAGUGGAGGAGUGUGUGAGGAUUGUCAACACAACACACAGGGCCAAUGGUGUGAGAGCUGUAAACCCUUCUAUUACAAGCACCCGGAGAGAGACAUCAGAGACCCCAACAUCUGUCAGCCCUGUGACUGUGACCCCCGAGGGUCUCUGAAUGGAGGCUUAUGUGACAGUGCCACGGAUGUGCUCAGAGAUAUGAUUGCUGGACAGUGUCGCUGCAAAGCUAAUGUGGAGGGAGAACGCUGUGACCACUGUAAGAAAGGACAACACGGCCUCAGCGAUGAUCCAUUGGGCUGUCGGCCAUGCAGCUGUAAUGCUCUCGGCACACUCCCGGCAGGCCGUCCCUGUGAUAUACAGACAGGAAGAUGUUACUGUAAACGUCUUGUUACUGGACAAAUCUGUGACCAGUGUCUGCCUCAGCACUGGGGUCUCAGUACAGAUAUGGAUGGCUGCAGACCAUGUGAAUGUGACAUAGGCGGAGCUUUGAAUAAUAAUUGUUCUUCAGAGACGGGACAGUGUGUCUGCAAGGAGCACAUGUUUGGCAGACGUUGUGAUCGGGUGCAGUCCGGGUACUACUUUGCAGAACUGGACCACUACACCUAUGAAGCUGAACAAGCUUCCUUCAGACCAGCAGUGAAAGUGGUUCAAAGACCAUUACCUUUGGAUCAUAAGCCCACCUGGACUGGUACAGGCUUUGUGAAUGUACCAGAGGGGGAAACACUGAGAUUCAACGUUCACAGUUUCCCUCGGUCUAUGGAAUACAAUUUAAUGAUCCGCUAUGAACCACAGUUGCCAGAUGAAUGGGAGCAGGUUGUGGUAACUGUUGAACGACCCAGGACUGGUUACCCCUCAGCUCACUGUACAUCUACAUACAAUGAUGAACAGACUGUUUCAUUGCAACCUGGAUCCAGAUAUUUGGUUCUUCCUAAUCCAGUGUGUUUGGAGAAGGGUCAGAACUACACAGUGAAAAUAAGCUUCCCAUUAUAUUCAUCAUACAGCCAUCACUCCUCUCCACACACACUCAUCGAUUCAAUCGUGUUGAUGCCAGAGGUGCAGGAUCUUGACCUGUUUUCAGGAGGACAACACCAGUUCCCAGACUGGGAAAUGUUCCAGAAGUACCGAUGUAUGGAGCGCAGCCAAAGUGUCAUUAAAACCCCCCUGUCGGAUAUUUGCAGAGAUUACAUCUUCAGUGUGUCUACACUAAUGCACAAUGGAGCUCUGGAGUGCAGUUGUGACCUACAUGGCUCUCUGAGCUCAGUCUGUGACUCUAGUGGCGGACGGUGCCAGUGUCGACCCAAUGUAUCAGGCAGGAACUGUGAUGCCUGUGCCCCUUCAACCUACCUGUUCGGACCCUCAGGGUGUAGACCAUGUGACUGUGACCGGCUUGGCUCUCAGAACGCUUUCUGCCACCACGCUACGGGACAGUGUUUGUGUGUGCCAGGGGCAUAUGGGCGCCAGUGUGCCAAUUGUAAGCCUAGCCACUGGGGCUUCCCUCAGUGUCAGCCCUGCUUCUGUAACGGACACAGUGACCAGUGCCACCCACGUACAGGCGAGUGUUUGGACUGCAGGGGCCACACCACCGGCCAUCAUUGUGAGAGAUGUGUGAGUGGUUAUCAUGGCAAUCCAUCGUUGGAUUCCAGAGAGCAGUGUCGGCCCUGUAUGUGUCCUGAUGGACCAGGAAGUGGCAGGCAGUUUGCUGAGAGCUGUUACCAAAGUCCUCACUCCCUUCAAACAGUCUGUGUUUGCAGCCCAGGUUAUAAAGGAUACAGGUGUGAGGAAUGUGCCCCCGGUUACUACGGUAACCCUCAGGUGCCAGGUGGGCAGUGCCACCCAUGCCAAUGUAAUGGCAACAUUAACUUACAAGACCCGGAGUCCUGUGACGCCCACACUGGUGUCUGUCUCAAAUGCCUGUUUAACACAGGUGGCAUUACGUGCCAGUUCUGUAUGCACGGUUACUAUGGAGAUGCCAGUACACAGAACUGCAGAAGGUGUAUGUGCCAUCCAGUGGGCAGUGUUAAGCACAGCUGUACUGAUGGUGUAUGUGACUGUGACAGGAUUAGUGGGCAGUGCCCGUGUCUGCCCGGCGUUGAGGGUCAGCAGUGUGACCGCUGCGCACCCAAUACAUGGAAUAUCAACAGUGGAAAAGGCUGCCAACCCUGUCAUUGCCACCCUGAAUACUCCUACAGUUCUUCCUGUGACCUGGUGUCAGGUCAGUGUUCUUGUGAGGCUGGUUUUGGAGGCAGGACGUGUGAGGAGUGCAGGGAGCUGUUCUGGGGUGAUCCUGAGGACAAAUGUCAUGCAUGCAGCUGUGACCCACGAGGCACUGCCACUCAACAGUGCAAUAAAAUAUCUGGAGAGUGUGUUUGUGUAGAGGGUGUGGCCGGACGGCGGUGUGACUCCUGUGGGCGUGGCUAUUUGGGGACAUUCCCUGACUGUGAGCCGUGUCAUCAAUGCUUCCACGAUUGGGAUGUUAAUGUUGGAGAACUGACCAAUCACACUCAGAGGCUGGUGGACACAGUGGAGGGGUUAAAAGAGUCGGGUGUGAUGACUCACUAUAAAGACACCAUAUCCAGUCUAGAAGACGUAACCACACAGCUCAGGCAAAUAUUGGAUGAUGAUAAAGCUUAUCAAACUUUGACACACACAGAGAUGGUGAUGCGGCAAACUAAUGAGAUGGCAUCAGUUCUAAGAAAGUCUAUGGAACGAUCUAAAGCGGAUCUGGAGCAGAUAUCGAAUGAUUAUCAGAAAGCCUCAGAAAACCUGAACAGUCUUUCAGAGGAGGUUCAGAACUUCCAGAAGACCGCCGUGGAUAAACAACAACAGGUUCUGAACAUCAAAAACUCAGACCUCAGAGGUGCAAUGGACAGUAUCAAAAAGUAUUACGGGGAGUCUGCAGAGGCUGAGUCUCAUACCAGUCAAGCCGUAACUGAUUCAGACAGUACGGUGAAACAGUCUGCCAGAACACGUGGAGCUGCUGAAGCCAAACUAGACACAACAGAGAACGAGUUCAACCUGAAACAUCAGAUGCAUGGACAGAGUCUGGACAAAAUUACAUCUGAACUGAACUCCAAAGACCUUUCAGAACUAAGCCAUCAGGUGUGUGGAGGGGCGUCAGGUCUAGAUGGCUGUGGUGCCUGUGGUGGUCUGGGCUGUGUGAGUGAGGACGGCGUGACUCAGUGUGGGGGUGAAGGGUGUGAGACUAUAGUGACUCGAUCUCAAGACGCCUUGAACAAAGCUAAAAACUUUGACCAAGAGAUCCUACGUGCUUUAAGAGAAGUAGACAAUCUUCACAAGAUGGUGUCACCUGCUCGAGGACGUGCAGAUGAAGCCAAACUCAGUGCUCAGGAUGUGUUAGUAAGAGCCAAUCAGAGCAAAGUACGAGUGGAUCAGACCAAUGAGGAGCUCAGAGAACUCAUUCAGCAAAUACGAGACUUUCUCACAAAUGCCACAGAUCCAAUGCGUAUAGAGAAAAUAGCUGAUAAGGUGUUGAAUCUGAGUUUGCCAGUGUUGCCCGAAGUGUUAAAGAACGUCACCACAGAGAUUCGCCACCAUGUGGCCCGACUGACCACCGUGGAUGAUAUUCUCACCCAGACGGCAGAGCAUGCCAACACUGCAGAGGGACUCCUGCAACGAGCACAGGCUGCCAGUGAGAGAACUACAGCACUUAAACAUGUCACUGAUGAGAUAAAGGAAACUCUAGAUGAUACCGAGCGCGCUCAGUCUGCUGCCAGUGAAAAACUGAAAGAGGUUGAAAGUGACAUGGACCUCUCAAGACAGCAAAUCGAUUCUGUCCAGUCUAAGACAGAAGCAACUGAGUUCCAACUGAGUAGCGGCACAGGAAGAUUUUUAGAUCUUGAGAGUGAGGUGAACGAACUCCGACAGCAAACUCUAGACCUGUCCAGCAGCACAGAGCUAACUCACAGACAAUCUGAAUACAUCACAGCAGAAAAUGAGCAUACCAAACGGGAUUUUGACUCACAGGUGCAGCCUAAGUACCAACUGGUUAGUGGUCUGAUUGAUCAAAACGCAGCAGGCGUGUUUGAUGCACGUCAGAGGGCGGAACAACUACGACAGGAGGCAAAAGACCUAUUAAUAGAUGCCACAAACAAACUACAGAGACUAAGAGAACUGGAGAGAUCUUUUACAGUAAAUCAGCGGACUCUGGUGGAGAAAGUUCAGGAGCUGGAUGGACUGGAGAAUGAAGCCAGAGACGUUUUGCAAGAAAUGAGUCAGAAAGUCGCCAUCUACAGCACCUGCGCUUAAUAACUAUCACUGAAAUAUUGAUCAAGGUUCAACUGCAAAGUUGUCAUGAACCAUGCACGCAAAAUGUAUAAUGUCAAAAAUAUACUGUAUAACUAACUGCCUGACUGCAAUUCAUUUAAUUGGUGUUAGGUCAUUUGAAAAACAAUGUAUUUGAGCACACCUUUUCUGAAUGUAAACAGUCUUUGUAUCACAGCAACAUUUGUAUUAAAGAAAAAGUCAAA